AUGGCCCACAAUGAAAGUCGCAAGCGUACAAGACCCUGUGCCCUUUGCAAGAAAAAUAAGGUCAAAUGCCAUUACGUGAACUCUCUGCCGUGCGAAAGAUGCCUCAAGUACGGCUUAAAAUGCCAAUUCGAAGAACAGAACACCAGUGUGUACCCCACUGGCUACACAAGCUCGCCACACCCAGUUCAAACGGCUUCAAAAAUACUGCCGCAACCUGCAAUCACAGAUGUCAGUCAUUUCGUCCCACCCAGUGAUCCCAGAUCCGUCGCAUCGCGUCUUAACACGCUGGAAAGUGCUCUAGAAUCGGUUCUUUCCAUACUCCAAACCAGUCAGUCUCAGCAGCAGCAACAGGCAGCUCUAAUACAACAGCAUAUAGGACAGCAUCCUUGGUGGGAAAAGCUGCGACCACUAGACGUUGAAGAACCAGGCGUGGUGGAGCCUGCACGAGAGGUCAAUACAAAUCAAGAAAGCUGUCAAGAUCUGCAUCUUCACAAAAUCUUGACCUUAACAGAGGUAGAAGAACUUUUCGAGCUUUUCAGUGCCAAAUUUGCUCCUCAACUAUUUGGUUACGUUUUGGGGACGCUAGAUGUGAGUUCGCUAUGGCACUCAUCGUCUUUUCUGUUACAAUCGAUUUGCACUGUUACUUGUCUACAUCACCCCCUCAUGGUAUCCAAAUUCAGCCUUUUAAAGCGUUGCUUCGAGUCUAGUGCUUCGCGAUGUUUAAUGACAGAGGUUCCAGCGGUCCAGAUCGAGCACACCAUACUAGCACUCGUAAUUGGCGCGCUAUGGCUUGAAUCUGGUCAAAUGUUCAUUUCGGUUGCCAUACAGCUCGCAAGAGUUCAUAAACUGGAUCAGCCUAGUUCGAUUUCGUCUUCAUUCAGAUCGCCAUCACUGCACAGACUUUGGUACUUGUUAUACAUCGUGGACGGCAACCAAAACCUUACGCUUCAUAAGAGCCCAUCCAUUUAUAAGGGAAGCGAACCUAUACUGCAGAAGUCUCGAGAUGAUGUCAUUGCAAGCUUCCCUAGUCCGUCAGUUCGUAAAGUACUAAAUGCAAAUUAUCAAGCUCACGGAAAAGUCGUGAAUAACCGACAACUCGAGCUUUUGAAUGAGGUUGAGUGUCGCAAAUUGACUGUUUCAGGAACGUCUUUAAGCGAACUCCGACUACUGGGCCAACUUGAGUAUCAUAUGGCCAUGGAAUCCAUAUUCACCAAUGAUAAGAGGUACGCACCGGACGCCAAUCCAUCAUUAGAGGCAUCAAUCAGUUUGCUGGAUCCCUCAAAAUUUGGCAUGCACUGGGAAAGCAACUUAGAGUUGGACAAGUGGAUGAUUUCGUGGACCAUCACACUUCAAAAUAUAGACUUUCAGAGUGAUCCUUGGUGCCUGAAGUCUACGCUCUUAUACUACAAUUUUGCUCGAAUGCACAUCAACACAAAAGCCUUGUUUGCAGGUGGCAAGGCACAACUCUUCAACCUUGGAACCACCAGCCUUGUUGAUUUGUGGCAUUCACCGACUUCGAACCCGUCUACAGACCUCGAGAAGGCUAUGGAUGCAUCUUACGAAAUUUCCCACUCUGCUGCUCAAUCACUAAUUAGACUGGCAACUGAGGAUAAUGACAUCAGAGAGAUCUUCCAAUUUCUUCCCAUGCAUGUCCAUGCCAUGUUAUUUUAUGCAUCCUUGGUUCUUCUGAACCCUGAAGACCCAUUGGCUAAUGGCCCAAGAUCAGAUCGCAAGAUUCUUACCGGUCGGUAUAAAACCGUCAAUAACCUGAGGACUCUUCUUUAUAGGAUACCGCUAUCGGACUCAAACUUUCGGAAGAGAAUCCUAGAUACCCUAGAUCAACUUCUUGAGAGGUUCGCAGAGAAAUGUUUAGCUGUCGGUACCGCAAAUGCUGAAGACGCUAACCGAGUGCGAUGUCAUGAAAUAUUCGAAAGUGACGAUCUCAGCGAUCAUGAAAGCAAGCUAAGGCCAAUAGUUGCGUGGCCUGGAACUAACCCGGGACAUCCUUGA